AUGUCUGAUCCGACUAUACCUAAUCCAAUUGGUACAGGGAAUGUCACAGUUAUCAAUGAACAUGCUGAAACUUCUGAAGUUCGAGCUACCAUUCAACAUGACGAGCAUGUCGCCCUCUUGACUCAAGAGGUUGAGGAUCUACAGGGAGAGUUGAAUCGGGUUAAGGUCUUGACCAACUUAUAUAUUACACUCCAAAGUCCACCUUCUGAAGCAAGGAAUACUGCACCAAACCUACCACAUUUUCCAUCACUUGAUUCACCGAUUCCCAAACACUUUCCUCCCCAGCAUCCUCUACCUACCAAUAAUAAUUCACUUUCGACCACCUCGAAAAAUCCACCGAAUCAACCACCUAUCUACACCCCUUCACAAAGUCAUCUAUCCAGCUACACUACCUAUGUCGCUCCUCCAAAUGCACCACUUGUUAACCCACCAAAUCAACCUCUAGUUCAUAUUCCCUAUGUUUCUCCACCUGCUUAUACUUAUCCCCCACCCACAACUACUACUUCAAACCAACCAAAUCAACCGCUCAUUAAUGCCCCUUGUAAUCCUCCACCACCUCCAAUGCAAAAUACUCCUAAUAACAUACAAAAUUAUCCCGCCCACCUUAAAAAUAAGGUUGAAGCUUUAAUCAAGGAAGGAGCGAUUGAACUUGUCGGACCUCAGCCUAAAAUGAGCAAGAACCCUCUACAAAACCACGGGAAUGCCAAUGUGAACAUGAUUACUACCGAAGAAGAUUGGGAUUUGAAAGGGACCAUUUUACCAAUUGGAAAGGUUGGAAGAGAUGCACCAUCAAUGGUCGUCCCAAAACUAGCACCAAUGAAGGAUACUGCUACUACUGACAAGACACCAACUAUUUGGAAUAUUAAAUCAGAAGAAGCUUGGAAGAAUUAG